AUGCAUCACGAUGUGCAAAGAAAGCAGGAGUUCCUUCUUUUAGUAAUUAUGGAAACAGACGAAUCUAUUGAUUUGCAAGUACAUGUGGGAUUCAACGCCUACGGGUCAAGAAUCUAUGCGGGGAGCGAAGAGGAGAUUUCAGAUGAUCAAGAGGUGUCUGUGACCGAAAGAAAAGGUCAGGGUUUCUCUCUGUGUAAAGCGGCGAACAAGAAUUGCUCGACUCGGUGCAGAUGUCCUCAAUCGAAAUGCAAAAACAAGGCCCGUGAGAAUACCCAAGAAAACGAAAACGAAGCCAUUGAUCCCGAUGGAGAAGUACAGCUUGCAAGAGAAGUUCAAUCUGUGACUCAAAUCGAGGAAUUUCUUGCCCCUCUUCAGAGAGAAGACAUGGCUUACCUUCUAAGGAAUGUUUUGGCUAUGGGGAGGGGAAGCUUAGACUUUGCCAAGAAGCUUCUUCAAAAAAAGAAUGCACCUCCACCUCCCCCUCCAAGUCCUGGUGACAAUUCUCCCGUGUGGUGCAAAUGUAAUGCGUGUAGGCCAAUGCCGAAUGAAAUCGAAAAUGUUUGUUGUAAGAGGGUGACCUGUAUUACAAGAUUUCAGGCAUUCAACAAUAUUUGUCUAGACAGGGACAGCCUUGAGGUUUGCAUCAGGGCUUGCUGCGACAUUCGGGCAGAUGAAUUCAAUUUCUCCAUGGAGGGUUUCAGGAAAUCCGCCUAUCGACAGUUUGUCCU